UCAAACCUAAACGUGCAACUAGCAACAUCGUAAACCACUGGCCCACAGCGAAAUACUCAAACUGGAUAUUAUGUCUUCAGUAAUGUUAGCAUCAACAAUAUUUUUGAUUGUUAUUACAUGCGGUGUAUGUACACCAAUUGGAGAAGUUGAUGGAGAGGAAAGGAUGAAUUGGAAUUCAAUGUUUUUGCGGGCAAAGAAGGCAAUUUCAACGGACUCCUCCCAGAUAUUGACACGGCGCAGGCGUUUCUCAAACUUAGAAAGUGUGGAUACGUUGCGAAGAAAUAGCUACAAACACUCUCCCUCAGAGUUCCUACAAAUUUUUUCUCCAAAUAACCAAACGGACGACGAAUAUGUCAUUUUCCAUGGAUUGUACUUAAAAGCUUUCUCGGAAGAACCGAAGCCAAACCCCACGUUUACUGGCGAUAAACUUGUUGAGAUGAGCGAUGAAUUUCAUUUGUCGAAGUGUCUGAAACCACGUAUGAAAAUGAUUGAUUUAUAUGAUGAAUUGGCUAUACCGCCCAAUAUCGUUAUCUCUCCUCCGGCUGUGAACCUAAAUCGCUGUGGCAGUAACUCUGGCUGCUGUCCGAAAGGCGAGUCCUGCGAUAGCACGGGACAGAAUUUCAAAAGCAAAACAAUCAUGGUGCUGUACAUUGAUGGUACUAAUAAUGAUAUAACCGUAAAGCGAUAUAAUGUUACGGAACACGAGAAAUGUCAUUGUAGGGCUACGACGCCAGAUAGUUCCUGUGCAACCCCAACUGACGUAGUCCGCACGUCCCCAUCUGCUUGCGACAAGAAGUGUAUCUCGUACUUUCAACAAGACAAUAAUUGCCAGUGUAACCAGUGUAGUGAAGGAAAACAUACGAGAUGCCUUAAAUGGAAGAGAGGAGAUCGUUCCCUGACCUCGGAUCAAGCACGAUGCGUGGAGGAGGGGAAGUGCGUGACACCUAUUUGUGACGCAGGCCUGUAUUACAGUCCGAGUCAUCGAAUGUGUAUCGAAUUACAGCUGUAAACCACCUACUAUAGAACCCUUAAACCACUUUCAAAAUAACUAGUAUGUCUCUACUAGCAAGUGCUUUAUUGAAAUGUAAAUACAUUGUCAGCAAUCCAAGUGCCACGCAGAAACAACGCAAAAGUAGCAGGAUGACAUUUUUUUUUUAAUUAUUUAUAUUACCUUUAAUGAAAACUGUAAUAAUUCAGAAAAAUAUAUGAUAUGUCAUGUUGGCGCUAACAAUGGUCUUUGAAUAAGACUGUAAGCCGUACAAUUACCUACCGGUAGAUAUGGAAUAUACUUGCGCUAAUACAGCACGAAUGUAUAAAAAAAAAGAGAGAGAGAUAUUUCAUAACAUUAUCUUCUUACAUGUUUAAAUAAAUAUAAUUAUUUAAUUACUGAGCAUCUUAAUUAAAUUAAACUUAAUUUGCAUUCUGAGUUAAAUUGAGUGUUAUUUAACAUUACACAUCGUGUCGUAGACAAAGUGAUGUAACGCCACCGGGAACAAUUUCGGUUUUAAGGAGAAGGCAUAUCUCUUUUUAUUUUUUUAUUUUUUAGAAUUGGCAUAGUUGAAGAGUCAUGUAUACGUACAAUCUGGCUUAGGCCGUGUAUUUUACGCAUUUUGCUAGCAGAACCAAAAAGAAUUGUAUACUACUGGUGGUAUGACCAAUUAUUGUUGUAAAAAUUGUUAUGUCAAGAAUGUUACUAUAUUCAUGUUAUAUGAUAGCGUUUAAUAAAAGGCCCACUCUAGUAGGCCUAUGCUAACUAGGUGCGACGAGGAUGGCCGAUUAUUAUUUGUACGGGGAAAAUUGGGAGAAAAUUACUGUACGAUGAUUAGUGUGCCGUUUGAUCAACUACAUUGACUAUGGUAAUGUGUUCAAAAUUGGAAUCGUUUUUCUUGUUGAAGAGCAAAACAUUUAAAAUUUAGAUUUUUUUUAGUUUUGAAUACAUUAAAAUUAGCAGUCUAUUGUACUCUCGUAGUAACACAAUGUCUAACAUAGUGAUUUGUUUUGGCUUUCGAACUACAACCUUGAAAAUAACAGAGUUCAAUGUGCUAAAGGAUCUUGUAAAUGCUACUCUUCUGGUGUAUACGCUUAUUUUGCCUAUGUUGUCAUUAAUAGCUUACUAGCGCUCAGUCAUUGUUUACUAGAUAUACAAAUUUCGUAAUAUCAGAAUUGACAAUUAAUUCCGACUGUAGACCAAAUAUUAACUUUAUUUUAUACGUAAAUUUGUACGAAAAUGUUGCAAUUAAUGUGUAAAGUAAGGUCUUCGGAGUGAUUUUAGUAGAAAGUUUAAGUAAAGCUUUAAAGUUAUAUUUGGAUUGGAAAUAUAAAAAAAAAUAUUUUAAAAAUAUUUUUGAAAAAGCAUGUAUUAACAAAGAAUUGUAUAAAUUAAUAUUAUUAUGCUUGGAGUAAUUACUUCUGGGACAUGCUAAAGAAAUAAAUAUACCUGCAACCAAUAUAGCUAUAUAUAUGUACUGUAAAGAGUUUCCUUUAUAAAUGUUAUAUUUAUUGAACAACUGAAGAAUAAAAUUACGUUUUUAUUUUGGUAUUAA